AUGUGUUUGAUAUUCACGUGUGGCGAACACACGUUCCGCAAGGAAGUCGAAGGGUACGAAGGAAUCGUCUGCCGCUGCCACAACUGCGGCAACUACUCGGCCUCUGUCAUCAAGUCGCAUCCCUGGUUUACCUUUUGCUUUGUGGUAUGUUUUUCCCGUCAUCCCUCUUUCCAUGAAGGGCUACGAAGAUGUCAGCUGCCGGGUGUGCAACUAUUCGCAGCCGCUUUCGCACCGGCAGGAUGUUCAGCAGAUGCGCGGGGGAGGGGGGCAGGGGAUACCGAUGCAGCCUCCGCCUCCCGGGCAGGGGAAUCAAGGAUGGGGACAUGGGCCACCGCCGCCUAA